AUGGUCGAACGUCAAACAAAAGAGAACUUACGAAAGGUUCUAGAAGAAGAACUGCAACUAAUCGGUGUUAGCCUUCAACAACUGCUAACUGUUACCCACGCUAAUGGGGCAAACAUGUUGGCUGCUGUAAGGUGCCUCAGAGCUCUCCUAAAGUUUUGCAAAGAAAGUGAAGAUGUAACUCUGCCCACUGUAUUUUGGAAAGAUGAUGGCUUGCAGCAGUACAUUGAUGAUGACAGUGCUUCUGAAGGCGAAGAUCGCGACAAGGAAGAACUGGUCAAAGAUUCAGGUGAAGCGGAUGAAUCCAUUUCUGACGAUUUUAGCAACGGACAAGGGGAUGCUGAGUUCGCUUUGCAAGAUGAGGCGGACGAUGUGGAUGUUGAUCUUCUUGAGAGCAUCAGAUGUGGCUCCCAUACCGCACAAUUGGCAGUAUGGGAUGUUAUUAAGCCAUACAAGCGGAGAUUAAACGCAAUAAACAAAUCGUUUAUAAGGAUGCGGCACAAACAGUUCCGGAUCCACAAAGUUCCACUUCCUCCAAAGGUCAACGAAACGCGUUGGAAUGUUUGGUACAUCGUGUUAAGGUAUCUUCGAUCUCUGAAAGAUGGUCUUUUCUUGAGCGUAUUACAAAGCCAGGAUUCUUCACUAGGCCUAUCAUGGCACUGGCACUUCGUUGAUAAAUUUUGUGUGGCCUUUGAACCAAUGUUCGUUCUGACCAUGAAGCAGAAAGACCUCGUGCCUCUCUCGCAGUUUUAUGUAGGUUGGCUGACGUGUAUGGCUAAACUGAAUGCGACUAAGGAUAAUACGCUUGCGUUGAAGCUUUUCAAAGCAAUGGGAUUGAGAAUGGAAAAGUUGAAUACGAACAUGGCUUUCAAGGCAUGUUUACACUUGGACCCUCGAUUCAAUUACAUUGGAUCCAGACGGCUGUCUAGUGACGAUAAAUCUUCCAUGCAAGGUAACACCUCGAGGGUCGGAGCGGGGGCAGCCCCAGCUUGGGUGGUGCCCGUUCAGAUCUCCAACCAGGAUGCGCGGUUCCGGUAG